CCCACAAAAUUCUCUCUUAGUGGGUUUAGACUAUAGACUCCUAAUCUCUUACCAAGGAAGUCAUCUCUAUAAUUUUCAUAGUUUGCGCUAUCACUACCAAGAAAAUCAUAAUUUUCAGUUUGCGCUAUUGCUACCAAGAAAACCAUAACAAUGUUUCAGGACCCGAAGGAAUUUGAUGAGGGAAGCAGCAUAUCUUUUGAUAUAGGGAACAAUCAAGCCUAUGAAGUGCCUAAAGAAGAUCCUGCUAUUGCUAAUACACAAAACAAACGAAAGAAUCGUUCUCGAGUAGAGGAUGCUGCUAGAUUGGUUAUGUUGAUGGAAGACACGCAUCGUUCCCGAGUAGAGGAGGCUGCUAGAUUGGUUAUGUUGGUGGAGGACGCGCAUCGUUCCCGAGUAGAGGAGGCUGCUAGAUUGGUUAUGUUGAUGGAGGGCGUGCAGCGUGCCACGCUUUGUUUACAUGAAGACGUGGGUCAAUUGCGAGAGGACAUGCAGCGAUUGCGAGAGGACGUGGAGCGAGACAUGGGUCAAAUGCGCGAGGACAUGGAUCGAUUGAGGGAGAACGUGCAGCGAGACAUGGGUCGAUUGCGUGGCAAUGUGAAUCGUGGGUUGCGCACCAUGACGUGGUUAUCGUAAGCUAGGUGUGGUUUCGAGCUCACUCUUUGAACAAGUCCAUAAAACUUCCAACCUUUUAAUUUUGGGAAAAACUUGUUUUUUAUUAUGAGAAUUAUAUUUUGGAUGCUUUGGGAUAAUAGGAGUAGAGACCAUCUGUUUGUGUUUGUGUGUGUUUGUUUUGUUUUGUUUUUUUUUUUUUUUUCGGUUGUUGGAAAUAUGUAAAAAAGGGUGUGUGAAAGAACAUUUACCGAUUUUCGAAUAGAAUAUUGGAUCCAUCCAUGCUAAGAUUUCUAGUGCUUCAUCGAUUGGAGGAUCCUUUUUGGCAUGUUAGUAUUCAGCGUAUGCACCAAGUAGACAGAGGCCCGGUUCUUCACUGUGAUUUCUGUGAACUCUAA